AUGGCCAAGGAGGAAUCGAAAUACACCCCAGACACCUUCAAGGUGCUCCUCAAAAAGCUCGUUCAGUCUCCAACCGACUUCACCUCCGAGGACUGUGCCGAGUGCUUCAGGCAUCUCUGCGUGCAGGGGGCUUCAGAUGCUCAAGCUGGUGCUUUCCUCACCGCUCUGACGCUGUCCGGUCUCGACGCGUCUCCCGAGGUCGUAGCUGCCUGUGCGCAGGUACUGCGUGAACACGCAAUAGUGGUCAAGGAUAUUGCACCUCCCGUGGGCAAGCACGAGUCUGGGGAGUGGGACUAUAGAGAUUCCGAUAAGGAGGGAGAUGGAUUUACGGGGAUGGUGGAUAUAGUAGGGACGGGAGGGGACGGGUGGGACACCUACAACGUGUCAACAACGGCGGCGGUCGUUGUUGCUGGUACAGGAGUCCGGGUAGCCAAGCACGGCUCGAAAGCUGCCACAUCUACCUCUGGCUCAGCGGACCUCCUCAUGUCCCUCGACUGCCGCCUAUCGUUCCCUAUCGACCAACUUCCCAAAUUCCUCCCCCACUCACCCUUCCUCUUCCUCUUUGCUCCCCACUAUCACCCCUCACUAGCGCAUAUCGCUCCCAUACGCCGAUCACUGAACUUCCGCACAAUCUUCAAUGUGCUCGGACCGCUCAUCAACCCCGCUCGUCCACAACGGAUGUUGCUCGGUGUCGCCAACAAGCAGUUAGGAGAUACAUUUGCCGAGGUACUACGGCUAUUGAAGGUGGAGCGGGCACUGGUGGUGUGCGGUAAAGAGGGAUUAGAUGAGAUCAGCAUAGCUGGCGAGACCUGGACCUGGUGGCUCGAGAAUGGCGAGAUCAAGACCGGCUCCAUACACCCCACUACCGACUUUGGACUCCCCACCCAUCCCCUCUCCUCUGUCCGAGGCUCCACACCCGACCUCAAUGCUUUAACAUUCCAAUCCAUCCUCUCCGGCUCGUCCGGCGAGGUCCCUGCCCACCUCUCCGCGCCCGCCUCGGCAGACUCACCGUCCAUACAGAGCAUCACAGACUAUGUGCUCCUCAACUCCGCGGCGCUGCUGCAUGUCUCGGGACGCGCAAAGGACUGGACAGACGGGGUCAGGCUGGCAAGGGAGAGUCUGGAGAGUGGGGGUGCGCGGACGGCAUUUGAGGGGUUCAGGGAUUCGAGUCGGGCAGCGAUGGGGGAGAAGAUCGACGUGAGGGUCGUGGAGGAUGAUGGAGGGGUGGCGGCCAAGAAUGGAGAGGUCAAGGCGUGGUUGAAGGCCAAGCGGGAAGAUAACGCGUAG